UGUUGACGUCAUAUCAUGGCUGUUCUGGCUCUGUCUCUGUCUUUGUCUUAGCUUAGAGUCCGGUCCGGCAUUAGUGACCAGCCGACGCCGAGGACAAGAUGUGCAAACAGGUUCUUGUCAUUUUCAUUGUGUCAUGGAGUCUGGUGGUAGCGAUGCCUCAAGGGCCAGAUGACAGGGUCGGCCUGGAGCGACCAAGUACCUCUCCAGUCCCUGAGAUAUCUGAUUGUAACUUGGACAGUAUCAUCGGUGAUGUGUUUGGUACUGGGGGUGGUGGAGACUGUAACAACAACAACCCCAGCCCUACUCCUCAGGUACCACCUAAAACCGGAGGUAAUGGUAAUGGAGAUAGUAAUGGGGGUUACCAACCUAUCUCUGAGCCUCCUCCAAGGAACAAUGGAGACGGGUACCAACCAAAUUCCCCCAACACAUACCAAGAUUGUGAGGGUGGACAAUGUGUGCCAUUCUACUUGUGCAGCGACAACAACACCAUUAUUGAAGAUGGAGCUGGAGUCAUUGACAUAAGGUUGAAAGACGAGUGUGGAUCCUAUGAUUUAAAGUGUUGUGGAAGCACCCAUAUUGCAAACGGACCAGUGGUUGAGGUGAAACCCCAGCCAACCCUUAACAAGUGUGGCGUUCGGCAUUUGGACGGUGUAGGAGUCCGCAUCACUGGAGCUGAGGACAAUGAAUCUCAGUACGGAGAGUUUCCAUGGAUGGUGGCUGUGGUACAGCCUCACCCUACUCGUGUACAAGAUGGCAAACCUGUCAACAUUUACCAGUGUGGAGGAUCUCUCAUUCACCCUCAAGUGGUUCUCACCGGAGCACAUUGUGUCAGAGGAAAGAACAACCUGGUGGCCCGAAUGGGAGAGUGGGAUACUCAGACCAUGAAUGAACUGUUCCCAACCCAGGACAGACUGGUGCAGGAAGUGAUAAUACAUGAGCAGUUCAACAACAACAGCUUAGCCAAUGACCCUGCACUGCUGAUCCUUGGCAGUCCCGUAGACAUGAACGUUGACAAUGUGGGACUUCUAUGUCUGCCUCAGCAGAAUGAGAUCAUGGACGGCAGAGACUGUGUUGCCAGCGGCUGGGGCAAAGAUAAAUUUGGUAAGAAGGGUAACUACCAAGUAAUAUUGAAGAAAGUGGAAAUGCCCAUUGUUUCAAGAAACCCCUGUUUGGAUGCUCUACGUAAGACUAGAUUGGGUAUGCACUUCAAGCUGCAUGAGAGUUUCAUUUGUGCUGGUGGCCAACCGGGGAAGGACACAUGCAAGGGUGACGGAGGCGGUCCGCUAGCAUGCCCCAGCAAGAGUGACCCCCAGGUGUACGUACAGGCUGGUAUUGUGGCGUGGGGCAUCGAAUGUGGCACUGGCACUCCUGGGGUCUAUGUCAAUGUGCCAUACUUUGUCUCCUGGAUCAACAACAAGCUGCAGCAAAGAGGCAUCUACUUAGAAGGUAGCUGCAGAACCUCCAACUGUGGAAAUUCAAACUCCAACUCAGAGUACAAUCCAAACAGUGGUGGAAACAUUCCUCCCAACACAAACAAUAGUAGUAAUAACUACAAUCCCCAACCAGGAUACAGUCAAAACGGUGGUAAAUACUCUCCACCCAAAAAUAACAAUGAUGAAAACUAUGGUACAUCCCUUGAAAAUGAGAAUUUUUAUCAAGGUUACAAUCAAUCUCAAAGUAAAAACAGCUCUCAAAAUACUAAACAUCCCACUAACUCGCACAGUAAUGGUGAUGGCUAUAACAUUUCCCCUGGAAAUCACAAUAAUGACCUGAGCACUCCAUCCUCUAACAAUGAUUACAACAAUGGUGGUUCCAAACCUCCCAUGGUAGGACAAAGUGAAAGCACUUCCUCCAAAUACAAUAGUUCAAAUGCCAAGCACUGUGAGUGUGUUCCAUUUUUCUUGUGCGGUGACAAUGACACUAUGGCUGAAGACGGAGUGGGACUGCUGGAUUUAAGAACCAAAGACGAGUGUGGUGCAUAUGACCAAAAGUGCUGUCCAAAGAUGUAUAUCAGGCCGUCAGGGGUACCAAGUCCUAGCAAAGUUCCAGCCAAAAAAUGUGGAACCCGGUACACGGAUGGGGUAGGAGUCCGCAUCACUGGAGCUGAGGACAAUGAAUCUCAGUACGGAGAGUUUCCAUGGAUGGUGGCUGUGGUACAGCCUCACCCUACUCGUGUACAAGAUGGCAAACCUGUCAACAUUUACCAGUGUGGAGGAUCUCUCAUUCACCCUCAAGUGGUUCUCACCGGAGCACAUUGUGUCAGAGGCAAUGAGAACCUGGUGGCCCGAAUGGGAGAGUGGGAUACUCAGACCAUGAAUGAACUGUUCCCAACCCAGGACAGACUGGUGCAGGAAGUGAUAAUACAUGAGCAGUUCAACAACAACAGCUUAGCCAAUGACCCUGCACUGCUGAUCCUUGGCAGUCCCGUAGACAUGAACGUUGACAAUGUGGGACUUCUAUGUCUGCCUCAGCAGAAUGAGAUCAUGGACGGCAGAGACUGUGUUGCCAGCGGCUGGGGCAAAGAUAAAUUUGGUAAGGAGGGAAACUACCAAGUAAUCUUGAAGAGCGUGGAACUUCCAAUUGUUCCAAGAAGUGCUUGCUUAGAAGCUUUACGUCAGACCAGACUAGGUAAACACUUUAAACUGGAUGAAAGCUUCAUCUGUGCUGGUGGCAAACCUGGAGAGGACACAUGCAAGGGUGAUGGAGGUGGUCCACUGGCGUGCCCCAGCAAGAGUGACCCCCAGGUGUAUGUACAGGCUGGCAUUGUGGCAUGGGGCAUCAACUGUGGCACUGGCACUCCUGGGGUCUACGUAAAUGUGCCAUACUUUGUCUCCUGGAUCAACAAUAAGCUGCAGCAAAGAGGCAUCUCCUUAUAGCACAUCUAUGACAAUGUUUAAUCAAUAUGUAAAUAAGUAAAUAAAUUGUCGCUUAAGAUGUGAUACCUUGAAUCUACAUCUAAUUAUCAGUUUUAUAACUCCGGCAAAUGGUUUUAUAGGUCAUAAUAAAGAGAAAAUAUUCACCA